AAUUGGGAAUUUUGUUAUCAUUCCAACACGUCUUUAUCUUUCCUAAACUCCAAACAAACAAACUAUCGUCACAUUUCUUUCUCUCUUGAAAAUUUCUCCCUUUCCAGAUUGUUGAAUUUAAGAGGAAGCAAAAAUGGGGCUUUCUUUCACAAAGCUGUUUAGCAGACUGUUUUCGAAAAAGGAGAUGCGUAUACUGAUGGUGGGUCUCGAUGCGGCUGGUAAGACCACCAUCUUGUAUAAGCUCAAGUUGGGAGAAAUUGUUACCACCAUUCCAACCAUUGGAUUCAAUGUGGAGACUGUUGAGUACAAGAACAUUAGCUUCACUGUUUGGGAUGUUGGAGGUCAAGACAAGAUCCGUCCCUUGUGGAGACACUACUUCCAGAACACACAAGGACUCAUCUUUGUGGUUGACAGUAACGAUCGUGACCGUGUGGUUGAAGCGAGGGAUGAGCUGCACAGGAUGCUGAAUGAGGAUGAAUUGAGGGAUGCAGUUCUGCUAGUGUUUGCUAACAAGCAGGAUCUUCCCAAUGCAAUGAACGCUGCAGAAAUUACCGACAAGCUCGGUCUCCACUCCCUCCGUCAACGACACUGGUAUAUCCAGAGUACAUGUGCGACAUCAGGUGAAGGACUGUACGAGGGUCUCGACUGGCUCUCGAACAACAUAGCAAGCAAGGGUUAAAUGACUGAGUUCCGAGUUUACAUGUAGAACAAGGACGGUUGAUAUUCAUUUUCGUUUAUGUGACUUCGACUAAUACAUUUAUUUCAGAGUUCUUUCAUAGCAUAUAUUGUUCAGUCGCAGGUUAUGUCAUUUGUUUGUUGUAGUCUGAAUUUAAGACAUGAGAUUGAUUGCAACCAUUUAUCUAGUUAUGUGAUUUUUUUCGUUA